UGGAGGAGAGAAGAUGGCGGAAGCGGAGUUUAAGGAGCACCAUACAAGUAUGGAUAAUGAAGCAAACUCGGGAACAUCAUCAGUGUCUACAGCUCCUAGCAGUACAGCCACCACCACGAUCAGCACUUCCUCCUCGAGGACACCACAACCACAGAUCUCUGUUUAUAGUGGCUCUGACCGACACGCUGUUCAGGUCAUUCAGCAGGCUUUGCACCGCCCCCCUAGCUCAGCAGCUCAGUACCUCCAGCAGAUGUAUGCGGCCCAGCAGCAGCACCUAAUGCUGCACACGGCAGCUUUGCAGCAGCAGCACCUGAGCAGCUCCCAGCUCCAGAGCCUUGCGGCCGUGCAGGCAAGUCUGUCCAGUGGGAGACCAUCUACAUCCCCUACAGGGAGUGUCACACAACAGUCAAGCAUGUCCCAGACAUCUAUCAACCUCUCUACUUCUCCUACUCCUGCACAGUUAAUAAGCCGAUCCCAGGCUUCCAGUACUACCAGCAGCAGUAUUACCCAACAGACUAUGUUACUAGGGAGUACAUCCCCUACUUUAACAGCAAGCCAAGCUCAAAUGUAUCUACGAGCUCAAAUGCUGAUUUUCACACCUGCUACUACUGUGGCUGCUGUACAGUCUGAAAUUCCUGUUGUCUCGUCGUCAUCGUCAUCUUCCUGUCAGUCGGCAGCUACUCAGGUUCAGAAUUUAACGUUAUGCAGCCAGAAGUUGGGUGUAUUAUCUAGUUCGCAGAAUGGCCCACCAAAAAGCAGUAGUCAAGCUCAGUCAUUGACCAUUUGUCAUAACAAAACGACAGUCACCAGUUCCAAAACCAGUCAACGAGAUGCUUCUCCAGAAAGUCAUAAAAAAGGAGAGAGCCCCAGUUUGGAAUCUCGAAGUACAGCUGUUACAAGGACCUCAAGUAUCCAUCAGCUAAUAGCCCCAGCUUCCUAUUCUCCAAUUCAGCCUCAUUCUCUAAUAAAACAUCAGCAGAUUCCUCUUCAUACGCCACCUUCCAAGGUGUCCCACCAUCAGCUGAUAUUGCAGCAGCAGCAGCAGCAAGUUCAGCCGCUCAGCCUUCAGAGUCCAAGUCAGGAACCCCCCACCUCCCAACACUGUGUCCCCGUCCAAAGCCAUGGCCUUCCUGCAGCUCCGAGCAGCGCCCAGGCCCAGCAUUGUUCACCCCUUCAGAGUCACCCGCCUCCUCUUACGGUGUCUCCCCCCCAGUCACAGGCGGCACAGCAGUCGGUCGUGGUGUCCCCCCCACCUCCCCAUUCUCCCAGUCCAUCUCCUGCGAUCAUUAUUCAUCCUCAAGCACUUAUUCAACCCCAUCCUCUCGUGUCCUCAGCUCUCCAGCCAGGGCCAAGCUUGCAGCAGCCCCCCACUAAUCAGAUACAGCCAGCCGCCCAGCCACUGAAUCUUCCAUCUCAUCUCCCACUUCCAGCUUCCCCUGUUGUGCACUUGGGGGCCGUCCAGCAGUCCUCCUUGGUGUCCCCGGGGCCGCAGAUUGUCUCUCCCACAGCACAUCAGCCGUACCCCGCACUGCAGUCUCCUCCGAUUCCCCUCACCACUCCCCCCCAGCUGUCGACAUCUCCUCCAGCCCAGGUCCCAGCACUGCCCCUGCAGUCUGUGCAGUCUUUGCAAGUGCAGCCUGAAAUUCUGUCCCAGGGCCAGGUCUUGGUGCAGAACGCUUUGGUGUCUGAAGAAGAGCUUCCCGCGGCAGAAGCUUUGGUCCAGCUGCCCUUUCAGACUCUUCCCCCGCCACAGACUGUUGCGGUCAACCUGCAAGUGCAGCCUCCUGCCCCUGUUGAGCCGCCAGUGGUUUAUCAAGUAGAAGAUGUGUGUGAGGAAGAAAUGCCUGAAGAAUCAGAUGAAUGUGUCCGCAUGGACAGAACCCCACCACCACCUACUCUGUCUCCAGCAGCUAUAACUGUGGGUAGAGGAGAGGAUUUAUCUUCUGAACAUCCUUUGUUAGACCAAGUGGAGCUCCCUGCAGUGGCGUCAGUCAGCGCAUCAGUCAUCAAGUCUCCCACAGACCCUCCCCAUGCCUCCGUGCCCCCUCCUCCACUUCUGCUCCCGGCCGCUGCCACGAGGAGUAACAGCACCUCCCUGCCCAGCACCAUUCCCAGUGCAGAAAACAGACCUCCGCAGGCCAUCGUGAAGCCACAGAUCUUGACCCACGUUAUUGAGGGCUUUGUGAUUCAAGAAGGUUUGGAGCCAUUUCCUGUGAGCCGUUCAUCUUUACUAGUUGAACAGCCUAUGAAAAAAAGGCCCCUUUUGGAUGGCCCAGUCAUGAGUGGCGUAUGUGUGCAAACUGAGCUUCAGAACAACACAAAGCAUGCUGAUAAUUCAUCAGACACUGAGAUGGAGGAUGCGGCUGCUGAAGAGGGAUUAGAGGAAAUGGACAGUGAAUUGCUCAAGUGUGAAUUUUGUGGGAAGAUGGGAUAUGCUAAUGAGUUCCUACGUUCAAAACGAUUCUGCACUAUGUCAUGUGCCAAAAGGUACAAUGUUAGCUGUUCCAAGAAGUUUGCACUUAGCCGUUGGAAUCGGAAGCCUGAUAAUCAGAGCGUCGGGCACAGCGGCCGUCGUCCGAGCGGCCCCGACGGGGCGACGCGAGAACACUUUCCUAGGCAGCUUCCCAUUACUUAUCCAUCUGCAGAAGAAGGCCUGGCUCCUCACGAAGAGCCUGUGCCCACUGCUAUGACCACUCGCCUGCGGAGGCAGAGCGAGAGGGAGAGAGAGCGGGAGCUCCGGGAGGGCCGCCUUCGGAAGGGGCCCGACAGCAGUGACCUGCUCCCCGCCGCGCAGACGGAGCCGUCGGUGUGGACGGUGGAUGAAGUGUGGGCCUUUAUCCAUUCUCUGCCGGGUUGCCAAGAUAUUGCAGAUGAAUUCAGAGCACAGGAAAUUGAUGGACAAGCUCUUCUCUUAUUAAAAGAGGACCACCUUAUGAGUGCAAUGAAUAUCAAGCUAGGCCCUGCCUUGAAAAUCUGUGCACGGAUCAAUUCACUGAAAGAAUCCUAACAAGAAUGUGAGGUUUUUGAGAUGACAUUUUUACUUUUCUAAAUUUGUAAAGUUACAAACUAAUGUCUACUCAACAGGUUACUAUUUACCGCAGUGUUGGGCAAAACACAUUGAAAUCUCUCACAGCAUUCAUACCCUCUCCUCCAGAUCCAGGAACCUACCAAGGCUUCCAAGAAGCCAAAAUUUCUGAAAGAAAUAUUGUAGGUUGAUGAAGUGCAGAUACCCCUGAAGACACGGUAAGCUAGAGGAUGAUGCAAGAAAUCUGCACAGACACACUCUGCUCUAAUAUAGAAUGUGUUGGGGAAGAGACUUGUGACAUGGAUAUUCAUCUCUUUUAAGGUAAUUGAAUGAUGUAAGUAGGUCUUCAGAUUCCCCUUAUGCCUGAUUUGGAAUAUAUGCCUCAAGGGAAAGUUUCAGGUUAUAGAAGAGCAUGUCAGCAGAGAUAACAGAAAUAUCAACAGUGACAUCAUAGAACAUCCAUUCUAAGUUUUCCAGACUUGCUGUACAUCUCCUUGAGAGGGCUCUGCAAAGAGGGCUUUGCAGAGAAUUAUUGUCUUGAUGGGGACUACAAAUCAGGAGAUUUGAUCUCUGUUCUUAACUUCACCUUUGACAUUCUGUGUGACUGUGAAAAAUCACUUUUCUCUGCCGUUUUUCUAAACAAAUGGAGUUACGAUGUUUGCCCCCAACUAAAGGGAUGUUUUACAAACAUAGGAAAGAUAAGAUGUAGAAUGUGUUUUAAAUUGUUCAGAAAGAAAGCUUCCAACUGAAUUCAAGAUGGUAAUGUUAGUUAUGUAAUGUAAGCUCUGUCUAGUAUUUCUGCAGAUUUUAUGUAUAAUAGAAAAAUAGAAAUUUCCCAUUCUGUUCUGUAAAAUAUAGGUAUACUGACAGGGCAGUGUUAACAACAACCAGACCACACCAGACCCCAUGCAUCUCUUUAAGAUUCAUGUGCUUUUGGGCACCAAGGAAGGCUAAAGGCACAAUAUCCUUUGGAUCUGGUGCCCAUGAAUGACCAGGCAGGGAGAAGGAGCAGGGGAGGCUUCUCUGACUGCUUUUGGGGUGCUUGUAGUGGAGCAACAUGUUGGUCUUGGGAAGAAUGGAACUUCUCCUUUUCCUUUAGUAGUGGACAUAACAUUUGUCAGAUGAGAAUAUUGGAUGUUCCUGGUUUUUCAUCAAAGUGCUGUGAACUGCUCUUGGAGGCCAUGAAGGUAAAAUGCAUUUUAAAAAUUUAAAUGACCCAGUUCAGAAAUUUUGAGUUGUGCAGUAUGAAAGAAAGCAAUGUAGAUUCUGUGGAAUAACAACAGCUAUCAUUUAUAUAAGAAAAUAAGAAGUAAGCACACAUAUACACACUCCCUUCAACAUCCACAGUUUUGAAAAUGGAGAAUUUUUAAAAAUCACAAUCACAUGACACUUGGGGGUGGGGGGGGAGGGGGAGAAGGUACCAUAUAUUGAUCUUCAUAUUCUUCCUCAUUGUGAGGAAACAGCCCUCAUUGCCUUGACGAACUUAUAUGGCUCUUUUAAAGAUUACACACAGGUAAUCUGGCAAAUGUUCUCUUGAGUAGAGAGAAUGAAUCCAAGGAUUUCAGUUGGUUCCAUUACUCUUUUCAGAAAGAUUACUUUAAGCUAGUAUAAGACUAAAGAAAUCACAGAUAUUUAUCUUUUGGCUUUGUGUACUUUAGAGGUUAUUUUUAUACAAAAAUAUAGAAGGUAAUUUUUUUAAUCUUUUGGAUGUUCUUGUCCGAAUGAAUGAUUUGCUGGGAUUCUUUUGUGUUGUAAUGUUUCCAAAAGAAGAAACACUUACUGAUAGUUAUCUUUAUCUAAGAAUAUCAAGACUCACCUUCAAGGCUUAUAGUAGUUUAUAAUAGAUGGAGAAUUUUUUUGACUUAAGCAAACCUUUAAUUAGUAUUUGAAACAUUGAAGGAAAGCAUCUGUGUAUUCUCAUUAUACUUAGUGGUAAGGAACAGCAGCCCAGAAAACUUAAAGACUCCUGAAAAGUUGUAUAUUGGGCUUCGAAAUGCCUCCUCUCCUCGUUGCUUUCUUCUCCUUUGCCAGCCUCUGCCCUCCGAGGUUUGCUUCUUCAUCAUUCCCUGAGUGUGCAGAGCAGUGGGGAGAAGAGGAGAUGGAUGAGGAGAGGGAGUCCUUGGUGUCAGAAAAAAACUGACCCGGGAUUUCAGGUUUACCACUGGUGACGCAGACACCAAUAGAAGACUACUUUCUACCAUAUUUUGUUAUCACUCUGUUCCUUCUUGAAAUGAUUUGGGCAUCAGCUGAUUGUCACUUGGUAUUAGUUAAUUGAGAUUUAAUCUCGUAACAAAGGAAAACACUUCUUCAGACAUAUUGCUAACCAGUGUUGAAAUGAGAAAGUGUUUAAGCUGUGUAAUGCUGCUGAUCAUUCUGUGGCAAGGUGUUUUCUUCAGUAAUCGAGUAUUAUCCACUGGCCACACUCAGCACUUUGCUCCAAGUAUACCUAAGCUACUCAGUGCCUCUCACAAAUCUUCCCUUUUCUCACAAAACAAAAUUCUUUAAACAAACUUUAUUGAAAAUUGGCUCAUUUGCUUUCAACAAACAUUGUUUCUUCCUGAAUGAAUUAGCCAUUGUUAGUUUCCAUAAUGUAUGGAAAAGCAAACAAACAAAAGAUACUUUACCUGCUUCCAUUUAUAAUGUUUGUAUCCAUCUAACUCUGAAUUGGCUGUGUAGGUAGAUUAAUUUUAUGUUGUCUUAGAGUACUGUUGUCUCUGGAUUUUUAAUGGUUCAGGUGAGCACCAAAUUCUUUCAAUUUGUCUCUCCCCCCCCCCAAAAAAAAAAAAGUAAAGUGAGCUCUUGCCUGAUUUUUAAGCUGUGAAUUAUUUUUGAGGAAGAAAUGAUGUAUAAGGAGGGAACAUUCAUUUAAAUACCUAUUUCUUCUACAAAAUGAAUUCAAUUUACAUUUAAGAUGUGUAUAUGCAGAUCCCCUAUGAGGCAUGGGGUAUGUGUGGUGGUGCAGCAUGAGGCAGAGCGCCAUUCUGAAGUGUUUCUAGGGCUGCCAGUCUGCCGUCAUCAGUUGGUGCUUUUACAUUGGUCUGGCCCCAGUUCCUCUCAGAAUGGUAGGCGAUUCCUAGGGUCAGGGGACUUAGAGAUGAACUGGUGAAAAAACGGAGAAUCAGAAAGGUAAAGACAAAGGGGAGCGAGUUUGGACUAGUUGUUUGGCCAACAUCACAUGCACAAAGAUACAGGGAUCAAACUCCUUCACUAUAAAAUUGAAUAGUUGUGUGGCACCUGUUUCUUAAAUGCAAAGGGGAUUUAUUCAAAUAUACCCUGUUCAUUUUCAGCUUCUCAUAGAUUGAAACAGUAGAACAGCUUGAAAAGUGUCAUUGUAAGUACACACUUGAACAGUUCUAGACAUAUCAAUUCUCUGAAACCAUUAGUCUGCUAUUCCAAAACAUGUCUUAGGAUGAAAUCUGAUACUAUACACUCUCCCUUAUUUAGUGAAAUAAAAGCAAAAAUACAGCAACAUAAGGGUAAUUAUGGUGGAGGAACUGAUAGAUGCUUACACAGUUACAAGUCAGUUGUAGAUAGAUGGCAGUAUCUUCCUAGAAUCAUAUCUAGCUCAUGAAAUGACAAGAUGAAUGAAUUUGCUUUUUGCUGCUUAAAAAGAAGCUAGGGGACCAGAAACAGUCCAUGAGCACUUAGGAGCUAUUGGUAGGGCUCUUCUCACACAGGCUUUAGUGAGCAAUUUAGGAUAGGUGAUUUGUGAGAACAAAUUCUAUUUACUGGCCACUGUCAUCGAGUUUAUGCAAUGGACUGAGAGGUUCUCACUCACCUGUCAUAUUCGGGAAAUUUAUUUCCUACCAUCCUCUGUGUAAAAACCCUGAAGAGAGGAUUUUAUGAAGAAAAAAAAAUUUCAGAACUUAGUGACCGGUUGCCUCUGCUAAAGUAUUUGGGCAAAAUGUAUACUAACCCCCCUUUAUGCAAACUCUUUGCUCGUAAUUCUUACACCCUGUGUGUGUGUGUGUGUGUGUGUGUGU